CCGGCAGGGCCGCAGUCGCGCGGCGCGGCGAGGGAGCGCUCGAGCGGCGUGCGUGGGGCACGCGCCAGCCUCCUUCCCUCCCUGCCUCCCUCCGGCUCCCCGGCGUCCCCUGCCCCCGCGCCGCCGCCAUGAUAGUGUUUGUCAGAUUCAACUCCAGCCAUGGCUUCCCGGUGGAGGUUGGGUCGGACAUCAGCAUCCUCCAGUUAAAGGAGGUGGUUGCCCAGCGACAGGGAGUUCCAGCUGACCAGCUGCGGGUGAUUUUUGCAGGGAGGGAGCUCAGCAAUGACUUGACACUGCAGAACUGUGACGUAGCCCAGCAGAGUAUUGUUCAUAUUGUUCAGAAUCCACAGAAGAACAGUCAGAACAAAGAUGAGACAGAAGAUAGCCAUGCUGAGGGCAUUCUAAAAGCCCUGGAAAGAGAACCUGAGAGUCUAACUCGUAUAGAUCUCAGCACCAGCAUUCUCCCAUCACUCUCUGCAGGGUUGGCUGUUAUUCUGGACACUACAAAAAACAGCAUUCCUCUUCCUUCUGAAAAAUCAGGUACAUCUGGAUACAACAGUUUUUAUGUUUUUUGUAAAAAUCUCUGCCAAGCUGUGAAACCAGGGAAACUGAGGGUCCGCUGCAAUGUGUGCAAACAAGGGACACUGACGUUGGCAAGGGGUCCGUCUUGCUGGGAUGAUGUGCUGAUUCCCAAUAGGAUAAAAGGUGUUUGCCAGUCCCAAAGAUGCAAUGGAAACUUAGCGGAAUUUUACUUUAAAUGUGGAGCACACCCAACCUCUGACAGUGAAACAUCUGUGGCUUUGAACCUCGUUACAACAAACAGUCGCUGUAUCACAUGUAUAACAUGCACAGAUAUUAGGAGUCCUGUGCUUGUGUUCCAGUGCGUGCAUCGCCAUGUCAUUUGCCUGGACUGUUUCCAUCUGUACUGUGUGACUAUGCUGAACGACCGCCAGUUCAUACAUGACCCAGAGCUUGGCUAUUCCCUCCCUUGCGUAGCUGGCUGUCCAGACUCUUUGAUUAAAGAGCUUCAUCACUUCAGGAUUCUGGGAGAAGAACAGUACAAUCGCUACCAGCGCUAUGGGGCCGAGGAGUGCGUGCUGCAGAUGGGGGGAGUGCUCUGUCCGACGCCUGGCUGUGGAGCGGGUUUGCUUCCUGAACCAGGAGUGAGGAAAAUUGUAUGUGAACCAGGCAAUGGAAUAGGCUGCGGGUUUGUGUUCUGCCGUGAAUGCAAGGAAGAAUACCAUGAAGGGGAAUGCAGCUCUCUCCUCAGCACGCAAGGAGCCAUGGCCCAGAAGGGAUAUGUAGUUGAUGAACAUGCAGCCAUGCAAGCUCGAUGGGAAGAGGCAUCUAAAGAAACAAUCAAGAAGACAACCAAGCCAUGCCCCAGCUGCAAUAUUCCAGUAGAAAAAAAUGGUGGCUGCAUGCACAUGAAAUGUCCUCGCCCUCAGUGCAGAUUUGAGUGGUGCUGGAACUGUGGCCUGGAGUGGAACAGAACCUGUAUGGGAGAUCAUUGGUUUGAGUAGUGGUGCUGAGGCCAGCCCAUAUCACUACUAAAGCUUGUUUUAAUCAGGGCCAAAUUCUAAACUCCUUCCUUAAACAAGACUCCCAGUGGUUUCAAGGAUACAGAGUUCAGAAGUUGGCCCAGUUUGUUGGGUUUUGCUUUCUUGCAUAUGCAAUCAUACCAAAAUCACAUUGAAGUUAUGCCAAGGGUUUUAAAUCCACUAAGUAAAAAGAGUAAUUGUUUAAUGCAAAGACUUGCUGAUCAGGGUACAAAGAGGAGUAAAUUACACCUUUGUAAAAGUGUGCAAUCUGUUAGCACAGAGAGCGUACUGGAUUACCAUGUGGAACUUUGCUUCAUAUUUAUAGUCAGGAGUUCACAGCUCUUGCAAGAGAGAGCAGCCUGCAUUGUGUGUGUGAGUAUGUGAGAGUUAAGGGGGGUGAAGGAUGUUCCUGCAUCAGCUGCUUUUUCUUCGACCACUCCUUUGCUCAUUCAGCACAAUUUCUGAUUUUGAUUUUUGAUUUUGAGGCAGUAUUUCUUAACAGCUUUUUUGGCAGAGGGAAGACUGUGGCUGUUCAGUGUUUUCUCAGGGUUCCUUCCUAACAGGAAGGAGGGGUCUUGCUUUUAAAACCAAAUUCUCAUAGAAACAUCCAGCUUUAAGCCAUAUUUGUGCUUGGGUAUUUGUAACAUACAACAUGAAACCUAUCUGUAUACUUACCAUGGACACUGUUACCAUUGGAAGAUAAGCUAAGGAUGCAGUCUCAGCUCUAACCAUGGCUGCUGUUGCAGUGGUGGCUGCAUCUGAUUAAGUGUUGUGCAAGCUGGACUCAUGGGGUUUUGUUUUUCUUAUAGCAACAUUUGGGAUAUGGCAAAGAUAGGCAGGAGCAGAUUUCUCAGGGGUUUUCUCUACCAUCAUUCUAUUAAAUUGAAGUAGAGUAUGGGUAUAUGUCUGAAAAUACAUUUGCAGCUCAAAAGUGUUGGGUGAAGAGGCAUCUUUCAUUUUACAAUGUUAACGCGGUAAGUAAAGCUUACUAGCAUUUCCAAGCCUGAACAAUCUUACUGUUUGGUGUGCUUUGCAUUGCUGUCUUAUUCUGAAAUGACAUGUGUGCUGUCCACAUCCAAAAUGCCACAUAAGAGUUUGCACAACUCAGUUUUGAGGAAAAAACGCACAAUAAACAAAGUUGUCAACA